AAUCAGCACGCCGCGUGUUCGUCUCCACUCUUGCAGCCCGGUCGGUCCGUCCGUCCGUCCGGACACCCUCCACAGAACCUCCAUGGAACCGAACCGAGAGUGAGUGAGCCGGGGCUUAUAGCCAUGGACGACCGGUACCACCGGGCGGCCCGGGACGGGUACCUGGACGCGCUGAAGGAGGCCACGCGGAAGGAGCUGAAUGCACCGGACGAGGACGGGAUGACACCGACUCUGUGGGCCUCUUACCACGGGAACCUCGAGACACUGCGGCUCAUCGUGGGGAGAGGAGGCGACCCGGACAGGUGUGACAUCUGGGGCAACACACCGCUUCACCUGGCAGCUGCCAACGGCCACCACAACUGCCUGUCCUUCCUGGUGGCCUUCGGUGCCAACGUGUGGUGUCUGGACAACGACUACCACACGCCGCUGGACAUGGCCGCCACCAAGGGACACAUGGACUGCGUUCGCUACCUGGACUCCAUCGCUGCCAAGCAGGUCACCCUCAACCCGAAGCUGGUCGGCAAACUCAAGGACCGGGUGUUCCGCGCCGCGGAGCGCCGGAUCAAGGACUGCGCGAAGCUCCAGCGGAAGCACCGCGAACACAUGGAGAGGAAGUUCAUGAAGGAGUCGGCAGCUUUAGACAACUUGGAUGCUAUCAGCUUUUCUAGCUACACCAGCAGCAGCACACUGAGCCGCAAGUUCAACACCGUCACCUCCAACAUGCCAUACUCGCAGGCCACCCUGCACUCCACAGCCAAGGGCAAGGCCAAGAUACAGAAGAAGCUGGAGAAGAAGAAGCAGGUCGAUGGAACGUUCAAGAUCUACGAGGACGGGAGGAAAAGCGUGCGCUCGCUGUCUGGCCUGCAGCUCGGCAACGACGUCAUGUUCCUCAAACAGGGCACGUACGCCAACGCCAAGGAGCGGUCGCGCCUCAACAUCCGAGACAUGUUCCCCCGCGACCACGACAACGGCGACGACACCGUCUCCCGUGCCAUGAGCGAGCCGGGCCUCCACGAGGCCGCAUAUUCGGAGAUUAGCGCCGACUCUGGACGCGAUUCCCUGUUCACCAGACCCGGGCUCGGCACCAUGGUGUUCAGGAGGACCUAUUUGAGUGGAGGCAUGUUUGGUAUCGGGACACGGGAUGAAGAGAGCGUCGUGGGGAGUGAACCGGUGGGCCGGGCACCGAAUGUUCGUCUACGAGGAAAUCUGGCCCGGCACUCGCCCAGCUUCGAUGAGGACAGCAUCGGCAGCGCCUUGAGCCUGCAGGAAAGAAACCUUCAGGAGUUGCCCUGGGAGGACAAGGAUGUCGGGUUGGAUGAGGACUUUGAGCCAGAGAACAGUCCUCUGGAGACCUUCCUGGCCUCUCAAAGCCUCAGCGAGGUCAUGCCCAUCUUCAGGAGGGAGAAGAUCGACCUGGAGGCUCUGCUGCUUUGUUCGGAUCAGGACCUCGCCAGCAUUCACAUCCCUUUGGGCCCCAGGAAGAAACUUCUGGAUGCCUGCAAGAGACGUCUGGACACCAUAGAUGAACCAGAGGCCAUUGAAGACACUGAGCUCUGAAGGAUAACAUGACACCCUGUACUGUUAUUACCCUGCAGUACAGUCAGUGGAGGAAACAUGGAGUCAAGGCAUCUGACCGGAACUUGGAAAAGACGUAAUGAACAUUUCAUGGGAAAGUUUUGCCACAUGUAAAAACACACGAACACUGUCCAAUGAAUCUUAGCCUGACUUGUUAUUGUUGCAUACUGUAUUGAUUCAUGUUUUAUCAAUUUAUGAUUGUACUUAACCCUUUGAACAUACUGUUUAUUAUGUCUUCAUUGUACAGCUGUCUCACUGUAAACAUGUUAUUUUACUCCACGGCACAUACACAAUGGUGACUCUUUAAUAUUGGGAAUCGCUAACGGACUGACUGCUCUGCAAACACUGAUGCAAUAGUAAAACACACGAUGUGCUGGUGCUGUGAGGUUAUGUCAGCGUGUGCUAGAUAACACUGUUAUAUCUCACGUUGCUGCGGGGCGUUUGUGGUUUCACUGAAGGUCUGUCUGUCUGUGCACUUGAGAGAACUGUUUUUGUAUUUGAAGAUGUACCCACAACAAUAAGUAUCUUU